AUGGGUCGGAGGCAAAACGACCCAGAAGCCACCCAUUGCUCUCCUCUCGUCCUCCUCUUGGUGGGUUUGGCUUCCUGUGCUCUGGUCUACGCUGCCCUCUGUGUAGUGCUUAAACCCAAUGAAGCCUCUUCAUUUUCCGAGCUUGAGUCCCUGGAAUUGGUGGAGGAGGGUGGAGGUGUUGGUGUGGAGGGAGAGAGUGGAGGAUGUUGCAGAGGGACUGAGAAUUUGGAGCUCUGGGGGGCUGCUGUGAAGUGGGGUUCAGAGUUUAAGUUCAAUUCUUCUGAGCAGUGUUGCAAGGCAUGUAAAGCCAUGUGUACUGGGACUGAUGGGCCUUGUUUAUGUGAUAGCUGGGUUUUCUGUGGGAACAAGGAGGCAUGUGGCUCAAAAUUUGGUGAGUGCUGGCUGAAGAAACAGAAAGAUACAUUGGCUCCUGAGCGGCAGGAAGUAGGGGAAACAGUUAGUUGGACUUCUGGACUCAUCUUCGGGAGAGGAGAGGGCAUUGUUGGCUUGGAAACGAAGUAUGGAACUCUUCAUAUAAAACUGUUGCCUGACUGUGCCCCUCAUUCUGUAGCCUACAUUAUUGAGUUGUUGGCAUUGCGCCAUUGUGCAGGCUGCCAGUUUUAUCGUGCAGAGAGACGAGGGUCAUCAUGGGAUUCAGAAGGAAACCACAUAAAAAAUGCUCCUUUUGGUCCUCCUUUUGCACUGGUUCAAGGAACGCUUGAUGCCCAAGGAGUGAUAUUUAAGAAGAUUCCAACUGAGGUAUGCCCAACCAUAAGAAGGGGUUCGGUUGCGUGGAUUGGUUCUGGCCCGGAAUUUUUUAUAAGCCUUGCAAACCACGAAGAGUGGAAAAAAGAAUACACCGUCUUUGCUUCUGUUCUUCCAGAAGACAUGAACAUCGCUGAGAAAAUUGCUCAACUUCCCACCACAGCUGACGUUUGGAACAGUAUCAAUGUAUCUGUCUUGGAAAAGCCUGUUCCCUUGUUCUUGCGAAGGAUGAAGACAAGUCAUGGAGAUCUCACUGCAAACAUGAAAUCAAAUUAA